AUGUCUAAAGAUAUAUUCUCGUUGUUAAGGGGACUGAAGAUCGCAAAGCCCGCGCAAAGCUCGGUGUCGACGACUAAAGUUAAGUCUGUUCCUUCAACAUCUUCACCGGCAUUGAAUAUCGUUCUCACACCAUCUAGUGUUAGCAGGUUUGAUGCGAGGUGGAAAGUCAUUGGUAGCCAUUUAAUCACAAAUUUGCCCAAAAAAUUGAACCGCAGCUAUGCCAAUCCAAUCAAGAUAGCUGCAUUCGACCUAGAUGGCACGCUUGUGGAUACGACUUCGGGCCUGAAAUUUGCAAGAAACCCCUCGGACUGGAAAUGGUUCAAUGCCAAGGUGCCGUCGGUCUUGCAGGAUUUACAGAAUGACGAGAAAUAUCUUAUUGUAAUCUUCACGAAUCAAGGUGGUGUUGUGGCAUCGCCAAAGUCGUCUAAAUCGUACAUCAAUUUCACCUCUAGGGUGAACCAAGUGCAAAGGAAGCUGGGUGUUGCGGACGACUUACUUGUGCUAGCUUCCCCCAAGCGACCUGCCUCAAAGAAUGCCACUAACGUAAGCUCGGUUGAACUUCACGACCAAGCACGGAAACCAAAUGUGGGCAUGUGGGAAGAAUUGGCAAAGUACUUGAAGCUGCAGGGCUACGAAAUUGACCUAAAGGAGAGCUUCUUUGUCGGGGACGCCGCUGGGAGACCAGGUGACUUCCUGGACAGCGACAAAGCCUUUGCAGAGAAGGCUGCUAUAAAGUUUCAAAUUCCAGAAGAUAUAUUCAAUUAA